AUGAAUCAAUUUUUUGCUGACCAUGAUGCUCCUUUGAGCAUGCUCUCUGUAAAAACAGAAUAUUUUCCCCAAUUGACGGAGAAGGAACAAAAAUAUGCACAUUUCAUGUCAAAAGCUUCCCAUGCAGGUUCAAGGGUGGUAAUGAGGCAAGUUUCUCACGAAAGUGAGCCAAUUUUUGACCUCAUCCUUGCUAUUCAUGCGAACUUGAAGGGUCAAUACCCAGAGGAUGAUACUGCUCAAAAGCAGCAAACAGAAUUAUAUUUAGAGUUCGUUUCUCAAUUUCUAUCCAACUUAGGUAAUUACAAAUCAUUUGGUGAUUCGAAGUUCAUUCCUCGUUGUGAAGCGAAAUUCUUUAAACAACUCCUGGACCUGGCCAAGAUUGACCCGUCUUCUUCACCACUUACCUUGUCUUCCGCUGACGUUAACCAUAAAUUUACAUCUCAUCAUCUUUUUUCUACCAUCAAUGAAUUGAUCGAUAUUGGCAUAUAUCGCGUGGAAGGAAAGGCAACUCUUUUAGGGUUUCCAUCUCAAGGUUAUACUUCAGCCUACUAUCUGGGUCUACCAGUAACACCUGAGGAUAUGGCUCUCUUGAAAGAAGAAUUGUUUGCUAGACUCGCUAUCUUGCCAGAAAAUACAAGAAUCAACAAGGUUAGCAGCCAAUACUUUCAAGUUUGGGUUGCCUCUGAGACUGUGAAAAACAGAAUAACAAAAAGUUAUCCAGAUGGACAGAUAACGUUAUCCAAUGAUAUCACCAAAGUUGAAUUUAUAUUCGGCGACCACUCACGUGAAAUGAGUUUAAUAGCAUUAUAUCUAAAGGAAGCUCAAAUUUUUGCCGCUAACGAUACUCAAAAAGCGAUGAUUCAAGAAUACAUUAACCAUUUUGUCACGGGCUCCUCUCAGGCACACAAAGAAGCACAAAAGUUAUGGGUCAAAGAUAUUUCUCCUGCCAUUGAAACAAAUAUUGGGUUCAUCGAGACAUAUAGAGAACCUUCUGGUAUAAUUGGAGAGUUUGAAUCAUUAGUUGCUAUUCAAAACAAAGAACGUACUGCUAAAUUUUCCAACUUGGUCAAGAACGCUGAAGAGUUUAUUUCUUUACUGCCAUGGUCUAAAGAUUACGAGAAACCAAAUUUCAACCCACCUGACUUUACCUCUCUUGAAGUAUUAACGUUUACUGGGUCGGGGAUACCAGCAGGUAUCAAUAUCCCAAAUUAUGAUGACGUUAGACUAAAAAUUGGGUUCAAGAAUGUUUCUCUCGGAAAUAUUUUAAGUGCAGCUGCCAAAAGCUCAUCAAAGCAUCCACCAAGUUUCAUUGCACAAGAAGAUCGUGUAGUUUUCGAAAAAUAUCAAAGCGAUUCGUUUGAAGUUCAAGUAGGGAUUCAUGAAUUAUUAGGCCACGGUUCAGGAAAGUUAUUGACUCAGUUUGCUGAUGGGUUCAAUUUUGAUAAAGACCACCCACCUUUAGGCUUAGAUGGAACCCCGGUGAAGACUUACUAUAAAGUAGGUGAAACCUGGGGCUCAAAAUUUGGUCAGUUAGCUGGUCCAUUUGAAGAAUGCCGUGCUGAAGUAAUUGCAAUGUUUUUGAUUACCAAUAAAAAAAUUCUGGAUAUUUUUGGCUUCCAUGACGAAGAAUCUCAAAACAGUGUGAUUUAUGCUGGGUAUCUACAAAUGGCACGUGCAGGUCUAUUAGCUCUAGAAUAUUGGAAUCCAGAAACUGGUAAAUGGGGACAACCACACAUGCAAGCAAGAUUUUCUAUCAUGAAAACUUUUAUGAAACAUUCUACGGAUAAGAAUUUCUUGAGGUUGGAAAUCAAUGACAUGAAAAAUGAUUUUACUAUCAAAUUGGACCAAUCUCUUAUUGAAACUAUUGGACAUGAGUGUGUGAAAGAUUACCUACAACAUUUACACGUCUACAAAUGUUCAGGUGAUGUGGAACAGGGAAGCAAGUACUUUAUCGAUAGAUCAACGGUGACACCAGAUUUGGCCUCUCUGAGAGAUAUUGUCAUAUCCAAGAGAUUGCCUAGAAGACAAUUUAUACAAGCGAACUCUUAUAUUGAUGAUGAUAAGGUAACUCUGAAAGAAUAUGAUGAAACUCCACAAGGCAUGCUCCAAUCUUUCCUUGACAGAGAAUUGUAA